UGUUGAUUUGGGACUUGGAUGAUAAAAUAAUAAAAUAAAAUAAAACGGAGUCCGAGAAAAAGAAAGAAAGAAAAAAAGAAGUAGAGUCCAAUGUCAUUGUCUGGUUUUCAGCAAGGAUAGAGAUAAUAUGUCUGAGUAGGAUUAUAAUUUACCGCAUCGGCUUUCGAAAAGGCAGACCAAUUCGGAGGGAGGGCGAGAGAGAGCGACGCUGAUGAUUUUUGUUUGACAUUUUUUUUGGGAACCGAGUUUUUUUUUUCUUUUCUUUUUGUGUGGGCUCCCUCCGAUUGAGAUAUGGCCGGAGGUAAUGAUGAUGAUGAUCGUAACAACCGCCGGAUUGCUAUUCAAUCGACAGAUUCCGCCUCAGAAGUCCCUGGAAAGCGCGGGAACAAUGAUUCUUCGUCUCUUGUCGAAAUCUCGUGCUCGAUUUGUCUCGAGUUGGUGGUCGAUGACGGUUCCAGAUCCAUGGCUAAGCUCCAAUGUGGUCACCAAUUCCAUUUGGACUGCAUUGGAUCGGCUUUUAACACGAAAGGUAAAAUGCAAUGCCCCAACUGUCGUAAUGUUGAAAAGGGUCAGUGGCUGUUUGCUAAUGGCAGCUCUACUCGCCUCUUUCCUGAGUUUGUCAUGGAUGAUUGGAUCCCCGAUGAAGAUUUGUAUGCUUUAAGCUAUCCCGAUAUGCAAUAUCGAGUCCAUUGGUGCCCGUUUGGUGAGCUCUCUCAAGCAGGUUCACUCGAGGAACUGGAACCUUCAGCCACUACAUAUCAUAAUGAGUUCCAUGGGCACCAUGCCGUCGCUAUGAACCAUUCAUAUCCUGCAUACGUUGCACCAGGUCCAGCCUCCACCCCAAGAACUAGCGAUAACAGCAACAACGCAGAUGACCAUCCCUGGAACAGCCACUCUACUGACCACUUUCACCAGCUCUCUGUUGCUCCCCAGUUUCAUCAUCAUCAUCAUCAUUCCACAUCGUUUUCUCUCCCAGGUGCUCAUGUGAUUGAUGGUGAAAUAGACUCUUCAGCAGCAAGGGGCAUUUCUCAUCCACACCCAUUUCUCUUUAGUUACCGGUCUAAUCCAAGAACCUCCCCAGCAAUUAACACUCAACAAGGAAGCAGCAAUGCCCAAAUGCGUGAACACCUUCACACGCAGCAGCAUCAUGUUUAUAAUAACCAGAGGCAACAUCAUGUUACUGGUCCCAAUCUCGCAUCACCGCUGGUCUCAGUGACAAGAAGGGGAUUACCCCCACCACACAUGCCAGAUCAGAACGUUGGCUUCUUCAUUUAUCCUCCACCACAACCACCGAGCACAUCAGGUGGACACCGUGAACCAGAAAGCGAUCAGUUUCAUCCAUGGGAGAGAGAUUGGUUUCCACAUUUCCCUGUCCCCUCGAUUCACCGCACAAUCUCUAGCUUCUGGCACAGACACUUCUGA